AUGCAGUCCUACCUCCAAUACCGCCGCAUCGGCCAGGCUGUUCGCAAACAGCUUUCCGAGCAUCCAGAAUGGACUUCAAACGCACAGCGACGGAGCAAAAGCCUCACUGCCCCGAAUCAGAACAAUGAGGUAGUUGACGAGAAGCCAUCGAGGUUGCGACCGCUGUCUCUCCCACCGGGCGUCAAGCAGCACGAGAUUACCGACGCUAAUGGGGCCCCAAGUACUGUUUUUGUGGUCGGUUGGGACCACCAUAAGGACCCUGCAGAUCCGCGCAAUUACACUCUGGCGACACGCAUAACUGCUACCCUGAUAGUAUCAGCGCUGGGAUUCGCUGUUGGUGCGGCUUCGUCGAUAGAGUCAGCUGUCCUUCCUCAGAACAGCGCAGCAUUUGGUGUUAGUGAAGUAGUUGCUUCGCUAGCAACUGGGAUAUACCUCCUUGGCUUCGCAGCAGGCUCUCUCGUGUCUGGGCCAUUGUCAGAGAUCUUGGGCCGCAAUGCAGUCUAUCUCGGCUCACUUACGCUCUUCAUGAUCUUUAUCAUGGCUAGUGGCCUUGCACCUAACAUUGGCGCGCAACUGGCUUUCCGUUUCCUCGCCGGUGUUUUCGGCUGCCCACCUCUUACCUGCGCCGGUGGCACAAUCGCUGACCUCUGGAACCCACUGGAGAAAACGCUCACGUUCCCGCUAUACGCUAUCACAUCCUUUGGCGGCCCUGUCCUGGGACCAGUUAUAGCCUCCUACAUGGGUCAGGGCACGCUUUCAUGGCGAUGGACGAACUGGAUUAUGCUGAUUAUGUCUGGCCUUGUUAUGGCACUGAUCGUCCUGUUUCAACCGGAAACGUACGGCCCUUUAUUGCUGAAAUGGAAAGCAAAGCACUACCGCAAACUCACCGGCGACCCGCGAUACCGUUCUGAAAUGGACAUGGAAAAGAUUGCGCUCUUCUCGCGUAUCCGUAUCACAAAUGCUUGUAUACGCCAGUUCACGCUUACCGUGCACGAGCCGAUCAUUCUAUUUAUCGCUCUCUAUAUGACAGUCAUCUACAUCGUGCUCUUCACCUUCUUCGAUGGUUACCCGUACAUCUUCCAGCAGGUCCACGGGGUCAGCCAGGGGAUCACUAAUAUUGUCUGGAUUGCGAUGUAUGUGGGUAUUAUACUGGCCUCCCUGUGGGUGCCAGUCGUCUACGUAUGGACAAAAAAGGAGUUCGCUGCUGCCAGCGCUUCUCCAAUGAUGGAAGCUUCAUCCGGCGACACCACUGAGAACGAGAAUACAAGCUCGGACGAUGAAAGCACCAAGAAGUCCCACCCAACGAGACCUGAAAACAGGCUCUGGUUCGCAAUGCUCGGGGCGCCAUUCAUCCCAAUCGGGCUCUUCUGGAUGGGUUGGACCGACUACAAAUCCAUCUCAAUCUGGUCUCCCAUCAUUGCCUCCGCCGUCUUCGGCUUCGGAACAAUUACCGUCUUCAUAUCAAGCUACAUGUACGUCAUUGAUUCGUACGAUGCCUACGCUGCGUCUGCGCUGGGAUUCAUGACGGUCUCUCGGUAUUGCGCAGCCGGAGGCAUGACUGUUGUCGGGAUCCCGUUCUACUCGAAUAUGGGCGUCCAGUACACGUUGACGAUUCUGGCGUGUAUCAGCGUAGCAAUGACACCGCUACCUUACGUAUUCUGGAAGUUCGGACAUGUUAUUAGGGGAUGGUCUAAGUUUGCGGUUGAUGUUUAG